CAAUGGGAUUUGAACAAUGGGAUUUUUCUCAACUUUACAUGUUUGUGAUAGCAUAUAAAGACAGCAGCCUUUGAUUUCCAUCAUGUAUACAGUAUGAGAGGACCUCUGUUGCUACUCCUGUAACCUUUUCUCUACACUGUGAGCACAACAAGGGAAGUUAAUCUAUUCUUAAUCUCACAUGGCUCACUUUUAGUACCGUCUAGAUGUUCAUUGAGCCCUCUGAGGCUGAAGUUCAGUCCUCUCACUGUAUAGGAAAGGGAAAAAAAGCAUUGAGGUAAAAGGGUUUUGCAAUGACCACUCCCCCCAAUCAGUGACGAGUCAGUCUGUUACUAAAACAAACACAUCUCAUCAUUAUACAAACUGUACUAGUUGAAAAUUUAAUUGCAUUUGACAACACUGCUGGAAAAAAAGCUGGGCUCAAUCCAGACUCUUUCACUCUCAGAGAAGUGGAAGCACAACAGGAAAGUGGGCAUAAUGAUCCCCUCCCUCCCUCUUCCUAAACACAGUUCCUUUUUAAGAGAGCUGUCCCCCCCAACACAUGGAAAUCUGCACUGUCAGACUUACGCAAGUUUUUCUCCCAUGUUCUCUCUCUCUUUUUAGUUAUCUGCAUGGAAAGUUAAACUUAAGACAACAAUGAGUGUGAAGGAGCUUUACUCUGGGCUCAUUAAGAGUGGGAGUUGAUCUUUUUAUGGUUUUCCACUUCUGUGAGGUCUGUGUCAGUCUACUAUGAAGAAUUCCUAGAAGAUCGAACCUCAAGUUCUUCAAUUCUAUUUAAUCAUUUUGCAGCAUCUCAGCACAUGUGCUGUUAUUGUAAUACAUCUUAACACAUUAGGGAGUUACCAUGAAUUGCUCGUAGUUUUUUUUUCUUUAUUUUGAGAGGGGGGGGGGAGUUGCUUCAGAGGCUUCUGGAUCAAAGUCUCUCAGAGCCAUAUCCUGAUAUUGUCUCCUCUUUGUGGGUGGACAGAGGAGAGAGUAGCAGUGUUUCAGUGGAGCUCGGCUGCAGUGGAGCAGAGGGCACAAGGCUUCAGGACUUCAAAUCAUCUGCAAGCCAGUGAAGCCAGCACAACGGAUCAUGUGUGCUGCAGCUCUGGACGAGUACUGCGGGUCGGUCUUUUGGAAUGCAUCCUAUUUGGGCAGAGAUGACCCAGAUCUGCCAAUCUGUGUGGAACAGACAAUUCUGGUCUGGAUCCCUCUGGGGUUCAUGUGGCUCUGUGCUCCAUGGAACCUCAUGCCUCUAUGCAGAAGAUCACAAGUAAAUAAAAAAAAUUGGACUAAGCUCUACUUCUGCAAACAGCUUGUGGUGAUUUUGUUGUUCCUAACGGCCAUUGGAGGCCUGACUGUCACGUUAGUAGAGGAUUUUGGUCCAAACAGUUCAGGAGAGAAAAGUCCAGCUGUAUACUACACAAACCCGGUCCUAUUUGCUGUCACAUGGAUCCUUCUACUGUUGUGUCAGGAAGGAUUGAGGAGAAAGGAAAGAGCAGUAGAUUCUGCUUCUCUUUUCAUUUUCUGGCUUCUCCUUGUUCUGUGUGACAUUUUCACUUUCCAGACCCUCCUACGGGAAGCUCUUAGGCUGGGAGAGGUCAGAGAUAUUCCUCGUUUCUCUCUUUUCUACAUUUCCUUUGGACUGGAGGUGAUUGCAUUAAUCCUCUCCGCUGUGGCAGACAUCCCUCGAGAUGCAAAGGAGCUUGUUAAAAAGAAUCCAGAGGCUGGUGCAGCGUUCUUGAGCAGAAUCACCUUUAACUGGUUUAACAGCAUGGCAUUGAAGGGCUACAAAAAACCCCUGGUUCAGGAGGACAUGUGGGAUCUGAAUGAGGCUGACAACACCACCUACAUCAGUCAGCGUUUCAAUCAACACAUGAUGUAUGAGUUGGGUCUAGCUCGGAUCCGAUUACAAAAAAAGCUGAAGAACAGAUUGAUCAAAAACCAAGGAAAAACAGUGGAAGACGUCCCUCAAAGCAAUGGUCUGGGGAAAGGUGUGAGUCGGGAUGUACUGAUGAUGGAGGAAAAGGGAACAAAAGACGAUGAUAAAAAGAAGAAAAAGGAGAAAAAGAAGAAGGAGAAAACAGAUUAUCCAAAUUCAUGGCUGGUUAACACCAUUUCCAAAACAUUUAAAGGGAUUCUGAUUGAAUCUGCCUUCUACAAACUUGUGCAGGACCUUCUGACUUUUGUCAGUCCUCAACUCCUAAAGUUGAUGAUCUCCUUCACCCAGGACAAAUCCAGCUAUGUCUGGGAAGGAUAUUUGUAUGCAGUGCUGCUGCUGGUGGUGGCUCUUCUGCAAUCUUUGACAUUGCAGCAAUAUUUUCAACGAUGCUUUGUUUUGGGGAUGAAAGUUCGAACUGCUCUCAUGGCUGCCGUGUACAAAAAGGCGUUGGUGAUGUCCAAUGAUAACCGUAAAGAGUCAACAGUUGGCGAAACAGUGAACCUCAUGUCAGCAGAUGCCCAGCGCUUUAACGACGUGACCAACUUUAUCCACCUGCUGUGGUCCUGCCCUCUGCAGAUCGUUGUUUCCAUUGUCUUCCUGUGGAUGGAGUUGGGACCUUCAACACUGGCAGGGCUUGCAGUAAUGGUUUUGUUGGCGCCAAUUAAUGGACUGCUGGCUGCCAAGGCCAGAAAAAUUCAGGUAGAAAACAUGAAGUUCAAAGACAAGAGAUUGAAGAUAAUGAAUGAAAUGCUCAAUGGAAUAAAGAUUCUAAAGCUGUUUGCAUGGGAGCCAUCCUUCCAGACUCAAGUUAAAGAUAUCAGAGAAAAAGAGUUGAAGGUCAUGAAGAGGUUUGCUUAUCUCACCUCCGUCUCCACUUUCAUCUUCACCUGUGCCCCUGCUUUGGUUUCUCUGGUCACAUUUGCUGUAUUUGUUGGCGUAAGCUCAGAGAACAUAUUAACUCCAGAAAAAGCCUUCACUUCAAUCUCUUUGUUCAACAUCCUUCGAUUUCCACUGGCCAUGCUGCCUAUGCUCAUUGCUUCAAUUGUGCAGACAACAGUGUCUAAGAAGAGAUUGGAGAAGUUUCUGGGAGGAGAUGAUCUUGACAGUGACACUGUGCGUCACAACCCAGAUGUUGACUCUGCUGUCAGCAUAACAAAAGGCUCCUUUGCAUGGGGAAAAGACUCUGAACCUGUCCUAAAAGAUGUGUCUCUGGACAUUAAGCCGGGUCGACUGGUAGCUGUAGUGGGAGCUGUGGGAUCAGGGAAAUCCUCACUUGUUUCAGCCCUUCUAGGAGAGCUGCACAGCACUGAUGGCUUCAUUAACAUUCAGGGCUCCCUUGCAUUUGUACCACAGCAAGCCUGGAUCCAAAACGCCACUCUGCGUGAUAACAUCUUGUUUGGCUCCCCCUAUGAGGACAGGCGAUUUCAGGAGGUAUUGGAGGCCUGUGCUCUUGGCCCUGACCUUAAGUUGUUAUCGGCAGGAGACAUGACCGAGAUUGGAGAAAAGGGUAUCAACCUUUCAGGAGGUCAGAAACAGCGCGUCAGCCUUGCCAGAGCAGCUUACAGUCAGGCUGAUGUUUUUCUAUUAGAUGACCCCCUCUCUGCUGUGGACUCUCAUGUUGGAAAGCAUCUCUUUGACAAAGUUAUUGGACCCAACGGACUUCUUAAAAACAAGACUCGUAUCCUGGUGACUCACGGAGUAAGUUUCCUGCCAUAUGUGGAUGAAGUUAUAGUUUUGGUAAAUGGGCAGGUUUCUGAGAUCGGAUCCUACCAGAGCCUGCGUGACAAUAAAGGAGCUUUUUCAGAGUUUUUGGACACCUAUGCCAAAGAUCAGAGUAAUCAGAAAAGUUCAGAAGAAGAUGAUUUCCAGGUUACAGAAGAUUUAGAGGUUAUCCCAGAAUCAGAGGACACUCAGGCCGACUAUCCUCCAGAGGACGCUGUUUCUUUCACACUGAGAAGAGAAAACAGCAUCAGACGCAGCCAAAGGGGAAACAGAAGCAGUGUCCGAUCACGGAAAAACAGCAGUUUAAAACCAACAGAAGCAGUUGGUGAGAUAAAAGGUCAAAAACUGAUAGAGAAGGAGACAAUGGAAACGGGACAGGUGAAAUUCUCAGUUUUCCUCCAGUACCUGCGAGCCAUGGGCUGGGGAUAUGCUUUUUGGAUCUUUGCUCUUUACUUCAUCCAGAAUGUUGCCUUCAUUGGUCAGAACUUGUGGCUGAGUGACUGGACCAAUGAUGCAGCAGAAUACAUGAACCAAACAUACCCAGGAUGGAAGAGGGAUACCAGGAUUGGAGUGUUUGGGGCUCUUGGACUGGCUCAGGGUGUGUUUGUGUUCCUUGGUACACUGCUCCUUGCCAAUGCCUCAGUUAAUGCAUCUCGGAUUCUACAUUCAAGACUGUUAGACAACAUUCUCAGAGUUCCAAUGCUUUUUUUUGACACUACACCAAUUGGAAGAGUCGUCAACCGGUUUGCUAAGGACAUAUUCACAGUAGAUGAAGCCAUCCCUCAAUCGUUUCGUUCCUGGAUCUUGUGUCUACUGGGUGUACUGGGAACAUUGGUAGUGAUUUGUUUGGCCACUCCUUUCUUUGCCAUCAUCAUCAUACCUUUGGCUGUGGUUUACUUUUUUGUACAGAGAUUCUAUGUAGCAGCUUCCCGGCAGCUACGUCGGCUGGACUCAGUGUCUCGAUCUCCCAUAUACUCCCACUUUGGCGAGACUGUGGCGGGUCUGUCUGUCAUAAGGGCUUAUAAUCAUCAGGAACGGUUUCUGAAACACAAUGAAGAAACUAUUGAUGAAAACCUAAAAAGUGUCUAUCCGUGGAUUGUGUCAAACAGAUGGGUCGCAAUCCGUCUGGAGUUUCUUGGAAACCUUGUGGUGUUUUUUUCUGCACUAUUUGCUGUUAUAUCCAGGGACUCCAUCGACAGUGGCCUGGUUGGUCUGUCCAUAUCUUAUGCCCUUAAUGUUACUCAAACACUCAACUGGCUGGUAAGGAUGACAUCGGAGCUGGAGACUAAUAUUGUUGCUGUGGAGAGAGUCAGUGAAUACUCUAAGCUUGAGAAUGAGGCCCCCUGGGUUACUCAGAAUCGACCUUCAGAGAAUUGGCCAGAGGAAGGAAGGGUGCAAUUUGAAGACUAUAAGGUCCGUUAUAGACCUGAACUGGAGCUGGUCCUGAGAGGGAUUUCUUGUAACAUCGCCAGCAAAGAGAAGAUUGGUAUAGUUGGUCGCACAGGAGCUGGAAAAUCAAGCUUGACAAACUGCCUGUUUCGCAUUAUUGAAGCAGCUGACGGACGUAUCCUCAUUGAUGGUCUAGAUAUCUCCACAAUUGGGCUACAUGAUCUAAGAAACAGGCUCACAAUCAUUCCACAGGAUCCAGUCUUGUUCUCUGGAACUUUGAGGAUGAACUUGGAUCCAUUUGACAAAUUCAGUGAUGAGGACCUCUGGAGAGUCCUUGAACUAUCUCAUCUGAAGGAUUAUGUUGUUGGGCUGAAGGAAGGAUUACAGCAUGAGGUUGCAGAAGGAGGAGAAAACCUCAGUGUCGGACAGCGGCAGCUGCUGUGUCUGGCUCGAGCUCUGCUUAGAAAGUCUCGGAUCCUGAUCCUGGAUGAAGCCACAGCAGCCGUUGACCUGGAAACAGACAACCUGAUUCAGAAUACCAUUCGCAAGGAGUUCUCCCACUGCACAGUGCUCACCAUCGCCCACCGCCUGCACAGCAUCAUGGACAGCUCCAGGGUGAUGGUUCUAGAUGCUGGUCAAAUCGUGGAAUUUGAUACUCCAAGCAAUCUGCUGGAAAAACGAGGCCAUUUUUACUCCAUGGCAAAGGAUGCUGGGAUAACACAACAAACCGCAUCUGCUUUCUUUUGAAAAGUUCUUUUAAUUUUUCUUUUAGGUUUUUUUUCUUUUUCAAUAACACACAUUGCAAAAUGUGUUGUAUUUAUAGGAAACAAUAUGAAGGAAUUAUGCUUUGCAUGUAUAUAAUAUUUGU